UCUAAUGGGUUCACGUUUGGUAGUGGUAGUGUUGCUGGAGGAUCAUCAAGUGGAUCUUUAUUCGGAAACGGAACUAAAGAGAAUGGAACAGGCGUAAUGAAUACGUUUGGGACUGGAUCAAGUACGAUGAGUUCGUUUGGAAAUGGAAAUGGAUUUGGAACUGGUACUGGAACUGGUACACCUGGUGUUGGAACUGCUUCAACUGGAGGGUUUACAUUUGGAGCGAGUAAUAAUCCUCCGGUUACACCGGGUACACCGGCUGGUGGGAAUGUUUUGUUUAGUAUGGGAGUCAGUGGAGGUGGUAGUAAUGAAAGUGUAGGAGGAGUAGGUGGGAGUGGUAGACAAGUUAAGAAAUUACCGGGUGGUCGGAAUAAAAAGAGAUAGGAUCAGUUGGAAGGAUCCUUGGUUGUUGUUCUUUGGUUUGGUUUUGUUGGCGGUUUUUGUUGGUGGUUGGUGGUGGUUGGUGGUGGUUAGUUGAUGAUGAUGUGGUUGUGUUCUUUCUCUUCAUUCUCACUUUUUUAUUUAUUUUAUUUAAAAAUCUAUAAUUUUACUUUACUUUUUUUACUUUUUUGUUUUUCUUCUUCUGUUUUUCGUUUUCGUUUUUUUCAUUUUGAUUCACCAAAAAUGAAAUUACACAAAAAGGGUAAGAAACUUU